AUGAACGCUAAUGUCUCGUUUGAUAAAAAUAUUGAUGAUAGUGGUUUAAUUAUAUCAGUAACACAACGAAAUUCAAGUCAAAUCUUAGUUGUAUCCUAUAAUUGGCCAGCAUUAUUUUUAGUAUUUUUUUCAAUUUUUGGUAUUGGUGGCAAUUUAUUAGUUUGUCUUGCGAUUGGAACUGAACGACGCUUACAUAAUCGUACUAAUUGGUUUCUCUUUUCGUUAGCAGUUGCUGAUAUGAUUGUUUCAGGUGUUGUUAUUCCAUUAGCUAUUGUGAAAGAAUUUACAGGAUUUUGGAUAUUAGGUUCAGUUCUAUGUGAUUUCUGGCUAUUUUUGGAUGUUUGCUCGUGUACAUCAUCCAUAAUGCAUAUUGUAGUUAUAUCAAUUGAUCGUUAUUUAGCUAUAAAAGAUCCAUUAAAUGUUCGUUCUCGACAAGAAAAACGUCAAAUAUGUCUUCUUAUUAUGCUUAUUUGGCUCAUAGCUAUAUUUUUAUCAUCUCCGAUGAUUGUUCUUGGCGCUAUUAAUCCAUAUAAUAUAAUUAUUAAUGGGCAAUGUUUGAUCAAUAAUCAAUUUUUUGUUAUCUAUGGUAGUGUUGUUUCAUUUGUAAUUCCACUAAUUAUCGUUAUUCUUACGUAUGGAUUAACUGUACAUCGUUUGAAAAUACAAAUGAAACAAUUCGAAAAUCAAUAUGCUCAAGAACAGCCAACUAGCACAUCGAAUAAUACGAACGUUAGACCACUUUUACGACGACAAAUAGGAACGAAUAAUAAUUUAAAUCAUUUUUCGCAAUCCGCAUCAUUCUUAGGAACAAAAUUAAGAAGGAAACGUUUUCAAAGACAACAAACAAGUUUUGAUUUAAGUGAAGAAAGUCUUGAUAAUAUGUUUGCACCUGAAGAUAAAACUCUCCCAUUCUUAAAAGAUCUUCAACAGAAAAAAUUAUCAAAAGUUUCUGCUCAUACUGAGUAUAAAUGUCCCACAAAUUCUUUUUGUCAAUUGAAAUGUACAUUAGAUCAUCAACAAUCAGACAAUAUCAAUCAAUGUGAAGCGCAUUUGAAUUGUGUUCAUUGUUAUCAACCAACAUUAAUUUCACCAAUAAAUCUUCGUCCAAAUCCUAGCUAUAAACCUCGUCCAAUCUCGUUGCCAGCACCGAUCAACGUAAGUCAGUCUUCAUCAACAACCGUUAAACCUGUAAAACACAUUUGGCGUCGAAUCAUACUUAUUCCAAGUCUAGCAUCAGCACGUAUAAAAUCUUCGGCUGUACGAAACGAACAGAAAGCAGUUAAAGUUCUUGGCGUUGUUUUUGUUAUAUUUGUUAUAGCAUGGUUUCCAUUUUGUAUUAUGAAUAUAUUACAAGGUGUUUGUAAACGUUGUUCAAUAAACACAAAUAUAUUGAAUGGGUUUGUUUGGCUUGGGUAUGUUUCAUCAUCAAUUAAUCCCGUCGUUUAUACAAUAUUUAAUCGAAAUUUUCGUUUAAAAUUUAUAACAUUACUUAAAUGUCAAUGUUUAUAUCAAAGAAAUCGACAAAAACAACUGUCAUAUUAUCAAAGUUAUAUAUCUUUACACGGUUCACGUGUUCAACAUAAAAAUUAUUCUAUACAAAAUGAUAUUCGACGUUUUAAUGGGCAUCUAGAACAUGUGGAUACUACAUUAACGUAA